UAAACUGCGCUAUUCCUAAACCCCGGGGUCUAACGACGCCGAGCCCCUAACCGAAGGGAGAAUGAAAGAUUCCUACUUUGUUUGUACAAUGUGCAAAAGACGAUUCAAAAGCCCAUUGUGUGCAAAGGAACAUUGUAGAAGAAACACAGGCUCAACUUGUACAUUUUGCAAAGAAAACAUUGAAAAUUAAAUUGUGCCUGGAUAAACCUAUACCCAUGGAGUUGGACUCGUGGUGGGAGUGUACUUCAUAGUUCGCUACAUCCAUGAAAGAAGAACAGCUGAAAACUUCUACCAGAACUAUGUAUAUAGAAAACAUAUUUUAUUAAAAAAUGUAUUAUUCUGUUGGGUUUUUUGGAAUUAAUAUUGUUGGGUUUUUCUUAGACAAUAGUAAAUAUUAGUAAAAAAUACAAUUUUUUUUAAAUUAGUUAUUAAGCAUAAGAGUAGUAUAUAAAACUG